GCUAUGACAUCACAUGGGGACGUCAUCACGUGUGGGUUCGGCCUGACAAUGCCGUCACAGAGAGGCGGAGGUCAAGGCGCAGGGAAUGGCAGAACGCCACAGCCCUACCUCACAGCGAGGGGCCGCCCCGUCUUGUCCCGGCUCUGGUCCGCCACCAUCCCAGCAUGCCUCUGCCUCCGGAAGAGCGGCGGGGGCGGGGCCUUUCUGUACGCCGCUCCAGUGUUCUCUGUAGUAGGGAAGGCGGAGCUGGUUGCUGGGGCAGGGGGUUGUGGCGGUGGCGCUGUCGCUGCGGAGCCCGGGGCAGCAGGAUGUUUCGCCUUCGAUUUCUUGCUGCUGUGGCAGGCUUAGAGGCUGUUUCCCGAUGUUACCAUGGAAUGGCACAUCCCACCAGAAGCAGGCAAAGACUUAUGAUGGCAGCUUUCAUAGGAACAACUGCAGCAACAGCGAGUGCUGGACUCCUAUGGAAGAGAGCCCAUGCAGAAGCACCGUCAUCUGUAAAACACAAUGCAAGGACAGAAACUAAUGAAAAAGUGAAGGACCAAGAAGAGGAGGAGAAUGGCGAUGAUAGAAAGACUGUCGAGUCAAGUGGUGGAGGGGCUCAGCCCGAAGAGAAGAAGAAGAAACAACGUUCUGGAUUUAGAGAUCGUAAGGUGAUGGAGUAUGAGAACAGGAUACGAGCCUACUCCACUCCAGACAAAAUCUUCAGAUACUUUGCCACCUUGAAAGUAAUACAUGAACAUGGAGAAUCGGAGGUGUUUAUGACACCACAAGAUUUUGUGAGAUCCAUUACUCCUAAUGAAAAACAACCAGAACACCUAGGCCUGGAUCAGUUUGUAGUGAAGCGGUAUGAUGGAAAGACAGAGGUAACAGAUGGGGGCAGUCGUGCAGCUGGACCUUCCUGUGGCAGUAAGUUAUCCCAAGAACGAGAGAAGUUUGCUGAUGAAGACAGUAUAUUUUAUACACUUGGAGAAUGUGGACUCAUCUCUUUUUCUGACUACAUCUUCCUCACUACAGUUCUCUCCACUCCCCAGAGGAAUUUUGAAAUUGCCUUCAAGAUGUUUGAUUUGAAUGGUGAUGGUGAAGUGGACAUGGAGGAGUUUGAACAGGUCCAGAGCAUUAUUCGCUCCCAAACCAGCAUGGGCAUGCGUCACAGAGAUCGUUCUACUACAGGAAAUACUCUAAAGACUGGCUUCAACUCUGCCCUGACGACAUACUUUUUUGGAUCAGAUCUGAAAGGAAAGCUGACAAUCUCAAACUUCUUAGAGUUCCAGCGCAAACUUCAACAUGAUGUUCUAAAGCUUGAGUUUGAAAGGCAUGAUCCUGUGAAUGGGCGGAUCACUGAGCGUCAGUUUGGUGGCAUGCUGCUGGCCUAUAGUGGAGUGCAGUCAAAGAAACUCACUCUCAUGCUGAAGCAACUCAGGAAACAUUUUCAAGAAGGAGAGGGGCUGACGUUUGCGGAGGUGGAAAGCUUUUUUACUUUUCUGAAGAAUAUAAAUGAUGUGGACACAGCUUUGAGCUUUUACCACAUGGCUGGAGCUUCUCUUGAUAAAGUUACCAUGCAGCAGGUAGCCAGGACAGUGGCAAAAGUGGAGCUCUCAGACCAUGUGUGUGAUGUGGUGUUUGCUCUUUUUGAUUGUGACGGGAAUGGAGAGUUGAGUAACAAGGAGUUUGUUGCCAUUAUGAAGCAGCGACUUAUGAGAGGUUUGGAGAAGCCCAAAGACAUGGGAUUUACACGACUCAUGAGGGCAAUGUGGAAAUGCGCACAGGAGACAGCUUGGGACUUUGCUAUGCCCAAACAAUAACUGCCGUAAAUGGAAGAACCUGGUUUACAACAUGUUAUUGGGGCCAUAAAUCUAUCUGUAUUGCUCCUGCAAAACAGGCCAUUGUCAAUGCUCUGCAGAUGAACACUCUUCACACAGAAAUCUACUGAAUGAUAACAGACCCAUUGCUACACUGAACUAGAAAAAAACCACCCAAAAGACACAGACUAUUAACAAGUGGAGUUUUUCCAAACACCAGAACAGAAAUUGGAGCCUAUUGUAUAUUCUACUUUAAUUUUUCCACUGCUAAUGCCUCUUUAAUAUUAAUCUCUCAGGAAAAUUACAAGAAUAAUUAGUUCUGUGUAUUGAAGCCACCAGUUUCAUCUCCAUGGUAUGCUCCAGUGUCCAACAAAACCAGGAUUUUAUGCAGAAUUGAAUAUGGAUAGCUUCAGAGAACAAUCUUGGUCAGAACAGUCCCAUAUGUGUCAAGCAGUGGGACAGAAAUGCCUAGCAAAUCUACUAGUAGCAAAUCCUAGUCUUUUGCUCCUGAAUUAUUUUUAGUUUAGAUUUUAAGCAUUAUUUACCAAAAAAAAGUGUGUUUACAGUGAGCUUUUGAAAGAGAGCUGAGUUUAUAGAAAACAAUAUCAAGCUUUGUUUGUUACGGAAGCUGUCCAUAUGAUUAAGGGCACAGGGGUAUCUUGCAAGCUUGGUGUGAAAUAGGGAUAUGCCUGGUCAAGCAGGGGGUUGUCUGAGGCUUAGUUACUGCCUUGGAUAUAAGGAGUUUAAAAUGGCUUAAUUUUUUCCCUCCUUUCUCCUCCCUCAGAAGAACCCUGCCUUGCAUAAGCAACCUAACGUAUAUGCUCUUUGUAAUUCUCUUUUUAAUAAGGGGCUCCUCCCCCUAUGAGACUGUCCUUCUAUAUGGGGUAUUGGCUUUAAGGCUGCUAUUUACUGAAUGCUUGAACAUUGUAAAAUAUUACUUUAAUUACACUGGUUCACAACAAAAGCAAAUGCUCAUCUUUCAUCUGUGUUUAUGGGAACCCUCGUGACUUUAAGUCACAUGUUGACUUGCUACCAACAAAGUCAAAAAAAUCUGAAUCUCUCUCUGCUGAAAAUGAACUCCUACUAAAUGUAAAAGGAGAUAACACAAAGCAUCAGUUUUAGAGAAGGCUAGAGGGUGGAAUUCUGUGCAUCGUCCGUUCUCACUCACUGGUAAAUGUGCUGCUUGUUUUGUAAGGAUCUGUCGACUGAGGUUUUAUGUGGCCAGUGUUUGGCAAAAAAUCUGAUAACACAGUGUACCCUAAAGUACAUUGAUUAGAAAGAUACCUUCCCCCUUUCACCUCCACACUUCAACUCUAAGUCUGACAUUGUUAAAUAUUUAGCCUUCCCUAGCUAAUCUAAUAACUUGUCUAUGUGUGGCAUGAAGUAUGCAUCCAGAUCGGAAAUAGCGUUAUUUAACCCCAUGGAAAUCAAGACAGAAAUGGAUUGUCCCAUCAGGUUUGGGCACCAGUACAACAGGGCUAUACCAAUCACUUUGAGACACCUUUGUGAUACCUACUUUGAGCAUCUCUCAAACUUCCCAUGCAAUUGCUUCCUGCAUUUUUUUCUGGGUUGGUACAAGUAUGAUGAGAAAUAGUUUUUCCUGAGGCUGAUGAAAACCCAUCUUAAAAACAUAUUAGUUCCUGGGCUUGUUAUUCUGUUAAGCUCUCAGAAGAACCCAUUUCAUCCAGUGCCAAAGGCCCUAGAACCUCAGGACCUAGAUUUAGCAUCUUGUCUGGAUUGACAAGGAAACUUUCCCACUCCCACCAGGUUUCAACAGGUUCACAUGAAAGAUGUUUUUUCCUUUUCUUUUGUUGAAUUAGUCUUGGGUGCAAAUAAUUUAGCAAUUUAGCAUGUACAAGUCCAAGUGUUGUCAAAUAAAAAGAUAUAGCUCCUCUCUAUAGUCACAUCAAGUAUGUGAAACAAUAGACUGUCUGUAAACUAUCAAACCCCAACCACAUUGCAUAACUGAGUAUUACAGUGCUCCUAAUUCACUUAACAAAUCCUAACUCUAGAGCAUUAAUGUAAUCUAUUUUAAUGAGAGAGAGUGCCACAGAGCUCAGGUGACCUGAAGAAGAGCUCUGUGGAGCCUGAAAGCUUGUCUCUUUCACCAACAGAAGUUGGUACAAUAAAAGAUUUUACCUCACCCAUCUUGUCUCUCAUAUCCUGGGACUAACAUGGCAACAACAUGCGGACAUCUAUUU